UUUAAAUCGAAAUUCGCAAAAAUGAGUUCCAAAAUUCAAGCAGGAUCUAAAAAUAAUAAGUACUUCAAAACAAUUGACUACUCUAAGAACCCAACUAAAACUUAUUCAAGGAAGGAGAGCAAAUAAAAGAGGAAGUGGAGGGUUGUGCUCAAUAAACAAUUCGAAUCUCAACACUAGUAAAAAGAAAGAAAACCCUGAGGUUUACAAUAUGAAGACAAUUGCCUCCAGGCAUACUAGGCAUAAAAGUAUGCUGUGAGGUGUAACUGGGAAGAAGGAUAAAUAGCACUGAGCAAAACUUCCUCAAAAGUACUUGUCAAUGUGGCUCCACCUCCUUCAAAAGCUGUAUCUGAAGUAUUUCACAGCAAGACAAUGGGCUGAUCAGUAAGACAAUUCAAAAUAAGAGGUACCACCCAAAGCCAUUAGUGACUUCUAAGAAAAAGCCUAAGAUCUACUACUACAAAAAGCAGAAAUUAAGUAAAGGAGAUGAAGACUUUCUUGGUUAUAUCGGGAAUCCGAAAUCUAAAUAAAAAGGCAUCAGGGGAAUUCUCGUUAGACCAAAAUUUCACGAUUGGGUCUUCUGAUUUUGCCAAAAACAUUAAAAAUAAAGGACCGACUAAAUUUAAGAAACCAAAGCAUAAAAAGGCAGAGUCAAUCUCUUCUUCUUUCAUCAAACCAAAAAUAUCAUCGAGCAUUACUAGUUCGAUGGUGUCGCACAAGAGGAUAAGGAAUAAACCUGAAUUUUUAACAUCCUUCAAAAUGAACAACCAGCGAAGAUCUUCAGAGACACAGUUUCCGAAACAUGUGGGGGUAAAAUACGAACCACUGAAAAAACCUCGGCUCGACAAGCCUUCUCCUAAGAUAACCUCUAGUACUAUCACUAACAGCCGUACUUUUUAUUCUAAAUAAUGAAAGCAUGAACACUAAUUCUCAAAGAAACAACCAUAGUUUCCUUGUAAGGGAUAAUAGAGUAGGAAAUAGUGUCCUGAAAUCUACUAAAUCCGGGUCUAAGCGGCUUAAGAAGACCAAGACCCCUGCUGGCUCCAAAAAGACCCACACAAAGGGAAAUAAUAGUGUGUACAUCAAGGAUUUUGAAAAGUUAAUGAAAGAGAGAGGCAAUAUUGACAACAAGAGCACUAAAAGAAUGACUGUCAUAAAGCAAGAUAAUUUCAACCUCAUGGCUAAAAAUAUCAACAACAGUGAAGUAAAGAUGUCUAUCUAUCUCAUCAAACCUGAUGAAGCUGGCGAGAGUUUCCCAAAAUCUAAAAUGCAUGUAGCACCUAUAGGUAAAAGUGGAUUAAAAUAAAUCGAAGAAUACUCUCAAUAGUAUUAUUGACAAACAACUCUAUCACAAAAGAGUGAAAAGUAAUCAAAUUUACAACGUCAAGCUACUAACAAAGCCAGACGAGAAGUCUCACAAAAAGAAUUUAACAAAGUUCAAGUAUAACAAAGAGCUACUCAAGGCUAAAUCUAGUAAAAAGACAAAAGAAUCCUCUGUUCCUCCUGGGUUUUCUCAGUAUGCAUUCAAGAAAGGGAUUGAUUUGCAAAAGAGCCUUAUCCAGACUAGGAAGAAGAGCUCUUAUCAAUCACAUAAUUGUACUCCGAAGAAGCUCAAGGCUUUUAAAAGAGUCCCGAACCAAGCUGUGUGCCUGGCCCAAUCUAAGAAGCAUUAUAUUGGUGGAUCAAAACCCUCCUCUAAAACUAAGCAUAGUUUAGGAGAAACUGGAUAUCAAAACAUGAUCUCUCAGAAAGGAGAAAUAAAUUUUAACGGUCAAAUUUCAGCCAACCUAAUCUCUGGAGUUGCUAAGAGCUACCAAGAUCUUGGUGUAGUUAACAAAGCUAAGAAUCCAAGCUCCUGAGCUAUUAAGACAUUCAGUCCUAAGCAGAAAAUAUCUCAAGUUGAAAAGAACAGAAAGAAUCUUUGUGACUACCAAAAAGAUAAAAGGGCUAAACCUACUUCUAAUAAACCUGUGGUUAUGAUGAACAGCAAGGUCGAAGGGAAGAAUCCAGAUAAGAAUUUUAAAAGGUUAUCUGUCAGCAGCAAACAGACGUCCCAAAACCCAAAUACUUCCAGGACUAGGAAGAAAACUUCCAAGGUUUCCCAUAUUGGAGAUAGCUAUAUCCAGACGCCUAAAACUGGGAAAAAUAAUGCCUCUGCUAACACCAAAGGAGUUUUUAAAAGAAGUUCUAAAGACUUAGGAAGUUCUUCUGUGAAGAAAGAAACCAGAAUUAAAGAGGUCAACAACCCAAUUAGUCCAAAAGGAUCCAAGCUAGACCUCGGAUAUCCUGGCUUGGACAUCCAAUUUGAAGAGGAAGAGAAGAAACUUCCAAUGUCUGAUGAGAAGGAGAGCUCCAAAGCUAAGACUUUAAAUAUUAAAGAUGAGUCUAACCCCAAGAGCACUACUGAAAUUAUCAGUCAGUUCUACAGAAUAGGGAAGGUUCUUGGAAAAGGUGCAUUUGGAAAGGUAAAUCUUGCUAUUGACAGGAAGAGUAAAGAUUUGGUCGCUAUUAAAUCCAUCAAUAAGCACUUCAUCGCGGAUUCUUCCUCAAAAAGUAAGAUUGCCCAAGAAGUUGCGAUUCUCAAGAGAAUUGACCACCAGAACAUUGUCUGCAUGAAAGAUCAUAUAGAGACAGAGAAUCAUGUGAUCUUUGUAAUGGAGCUAUGUGCAGGAGGAGACCUUCUAAAUUAUGUGCGAAAGAGAAGAAAGCUAAGUGAAAAUACAUCAAAGGUUAUUUUCAAACAAAUACUCAAUGGGUUAGAGUAUUGCCACCAGAACAAUGUUCUCCAUAGAGACAUCAAAUUAGAUAACAUCUUACUUGAUAGUAAGGGUGAAGUUAAAAUAGGAGACUUCGGAGUCUCGAAAAUUGUUCAGGAAGGAGAAGUAAUGCUCGACCAAUGAGGAACACCAGCCUAUAUUGCACCUGAAAUCCUUCUAGAUAAUGGUUAUACUGGGUACGGGAUUGAUAUUUGGAGUGCAGGAGUAGUCUUAUAUGCAAUGUUGUAUGGAACUGUCCCAUUCAAAGCUCAUAACAUGAAAGAGCUCCACACAUCUAUUAUCCUUGCUAAAUAUUCGCUCAAAGAGUGAAUUUCAGAAUUAGCGAUGGAUCUAAUAAAGAAAAUCCUUGAGCCAAAUCCUUCUAAAAGGCUGUCAAUAACACAAAUUCUAUCUCACCCUUGGUUUGAGGAAGUAGACGAAGAUAUAGAGUUAUUCAAUGAUCAAGAGAAAGAAAAAAUUCUUCGAGAAUUCACAUAUAAUAACACCGAUAAAUACAAUAGAAACACAGAGAAUGUAAACUUGAGCAGGGAUAAUAUUUCUAACAGUGGGAGUACUGUGGAAAGUUUCACUGAGCAUAACCUAUCUACUCAAAACAGCUUGGUUCGGAAUCAUUCUACUAAAUCUGUGAUAUUAGCUCCUUUCAAUAGCACUAUCAGUGAGAUUGAUCAAGAGACUAAGAUGUUAGUUAAGCAGUUUAUGGCUGAUCGAAAGUCCCUGAAAUUCCAUGCCCGGUGCAGAGAUGUAAACAGACAAUAUGAACAGAAUAACAACUGAGAGUUAGAUAACGGUGUCUACAACAAGCACAUGCUUGAAGAAAAAUAGAAGAUUCUUAAUUCCAAUUUCCCACAAA